AUUAUUCGUUGUUCAAUCAAGCUACCUCCUUGCGUCAUUUUGUUAUAUCAGGAACAUUCAAUCGCGCUCCUCACCUGUGACGCGACUGACAGAAGUCAAGUUUCAACCGGAAUUCCCUGCCAGCUGGUGCGAUCGGAAACCUUCCAAACAUCGGGGCCGCUUUCGAGCACGUCGAUACUCACUCGUCACUCCUUGACGACGACGAGGAUCCGCUUGCUCUCACGUCGAGAUCUAACCGCAACUCCGUGCAUCGGAAUUCUCUCACCUUAGAACGGAAGAAGUACUAUUCCAUCAACGACGACGGCAUGCCAGUCCUUCGCACUCGCGACAUGGACGGAAACUCCAUGAUGCCGACCACCAAUAUGGACGUCUUAGGAACUCGCCCUGGCAACCUUGAAAUGGCCACCAACGGCAUUGGAACCCAUCAGCGACAUCGCCACGGCCAGCAGAGCCUUCCUGUCAACAACCUGCGCCCUCUGGGUGAGAAUGGUUUCCAAUUCUCUUCGGUCAAUGGGUCCGGCGAUACGACGCCAACCAAGACGGGUGCUAUCAACCGGCACUCACUAGAUGCGGCCAAGUACACAUCUGAGGCAAAACGUCGCAACAGUCUUCUCAACUAUCAGCCUUCUCCGCAGUCUAUGAUGCAGUCUACUACUCAGGCAACUCCCGGGACUGCACAUGUAAUGCCAAAGAUUCCAUCUUCGUUCUCGACCAACGAUGUCCCGACUUUGAACUCGUUCAAGAAGAUGAACGGAUUUACUCAGCAUGCAACUUCGUCCGCCUCCCAGGGUCCUGCAUUCGCUCCAUCUCGCCUAGAGAAAACGAUCCACCCAACAUCGUCACGUGCCCUGGUCACUUUGGCUGAGAACAACAUUGACAACAAUAUUGAUUUGGUCGCCAGCUUCAAUGGCAUGAACCUGGAUGAAGGACGAUCUGUUGCCUCACAUACUUCCAGCCUGCAAGCAAGCGCUGCGCCAUUUGGACCUUCGGUUUCCAAGACUAUGACAGGCCCUUCAGAGCUUCCGCCUUUCCCAUCUCCUCCUGAGGAGAGAUGGGGGGAGCCUGAAUUGUUCAACCCCCCGGAUCCUACCGAUCCACGACUUCGACGCCUCGACUUCAAUCGUCCGGCAAAUGUGACCUGGCCUGCACCAGCAACAAGCCGCACCUCCUUGGCUCAGCCACCGUUCAAUUAUCAGCCACCCUUUAGCCAUACUGCUCCCAAUCAAUUUCACGAUAGCCAAGCCCAAGUCAUCGCAUUGAGGCGCGCACAGAACAGUGAAGACAACGCUCGCUGGAAUGAUGUGGCACUCACCGACCUCAUCGGCCAAAUCUGGGAGAUCUCAAGGGAUCAGCAUGGCUGUCGCUUCCUUCAACGCCGGAUUGAAGAAGGUGACGCUGAUGAAAUUGCGAUUAUCUUCGGAGAAGUCAAGGAUCACAUCUUCGAGUUGAUGACCGACCAGUUCGGCAACUAUCUUUGCCAGCGCUUGUUGGAGAAUGGCACUGAGGACCAGCGCACCGAGCUCAUUCGCAACGUUUCUCCUCAGAUGAUCCAAGUGGGAUAUAACCAGCAUGGGACUCGCGCGUUGCAGAAGAUGAUCGAAUUCGUCGACACUCCCGAACAGGUUCAUCUCAUCACUGAAGCUCUUCGCGACCAUGUUUGCAAGCUCAUACAGGACAUCAACGGCAAUCAUGUCGUCCAGAAAUGCUUGAAUCAUAUGAGCCACGAGAAUUCCGACUUCAUCUACGAGGCCAUUGGCAAUGACAUGCACGUUGUUGGGACUCACCGUCAUGGUUGCUGUGUCAUUCAACGCUGCCUUGAUCACGCGAGCACCAUUCAGAAGAAUCGCCUCGUGAAGCAGAUCAGCGAGGCCGCAUACACCUUGGUCCAGGAUCCAUUCGGCAACUACGUCCUCCAAUACGUCCUCGACAUUGGUGAGGUUGUUUACACCGAUUACCUUUGCCGAGUCUUCGUUCCGCAGCUUCCUGUACUGUCUCGUCAGAAGUUCUCGUCGAAUGUCAUCGAGAAAUGUAUCCGUUGCUCCAGCCGCGAGGCUCGGAACGAUAUGAUUGAAGUGCUGUUGAACCCACGAGAACUCGAGUCGCUGAUCAAGGACAACUAUGGCAACUACGUGAUCCAGACAGCUAUGGAGCAUAGCGAAAGCGAGACGCGCACUCGUCUGUACGAUGCCGUCCGACCCAUGGUCAGCAGCAUCCGAGGAACUCCCCACGGCCGCCGUAUCAUCCAAAAGCUCACGGCUUAUGAUAAUCGGAACCAGAACAGCCGCCAGCUUCCUUUUACCACUGGCGCAAUGGCUCCAACCAUCUCUCCGUCCACCUAUAGUGUGCCUGCCCAAGCGCAAACCGCUCCUCACCCCCCGCCUGUUGCCCAACAUCCUAGCAGCAACUUUGCGAGCGGUUACCCGCUCUAUUCAUCCGCUCCGCCGCAGUAUUACACUGCAGCUCCAGCGAUGCAAGGGCAGCCUGUCUUCGGGCUUCCAGUUGCCGUGCCGUCCGCUCAGCCGCCGACCUACGGGCAGGGGAUGCCAAUCGCGCCUCAGCAGCCUUAUGGCUUUGCGCAAUACCAGCAGCCUUAUCAAGGAUUUCAAUACCGUGGUGUCAAUCAGCAACGCAACCAAAACUCGCAUUGGCGCCAUUAAACGCACCGUACAUGAUGAUACGAUCCUGGACAUACUCCGCGAACAUGCCUCCAGGAAUUUCUGCGAUGAUAUGAUGGCCUUCACGACGAGCGGCACUUGAUGG